GUGUUCUCUACACAGUAUACCACUUCAACUCGGACACUAACAAGCAAAGAUCCAACAACAGCCGCUCAACAUGAAGCUGGUCAUGGUCCUCAUGCUGGCUGCCCUCCCCCUUUACUGCUAUGCAGGUCUUGGCUGCCAGUUAAUGGGGGACUUGGUCAGUAAGACUGCCGACGAAGCCGUAUCGAUAGAGGAAUACGUAGCAUUUGUGUCUGAAUUCAUAAACACUGAUACUGAAAGAGAGGCUGUGGUGAAUUUCAAACAGUGUUUCCUCAAUCAGGACAACAAGACUCUGGAAAACUUUUUAGCCUUAGAGGAUAUAAUAACUGACAGCCUGUACUGUGCUCCUUUUUAAUUGUCACAAGGCCUGUUUCUCAGUGGAAUCCAGACUACGUUCCCCAACUGUGUGCAGACUGCCAGAAACCACAACUCUGCUUCUUUUUCUUUCUGUAAUCAUAAAGCUGAAAGACAAUUGUUGAAACCUGUAGUACAUUUGAUUUCAAUAAACUUAUUGCAAGGAA